AGCUGAACACGAAUGGUCCCAUCCAUUUAAUUUGUGAGAUAACUCGAUUAUUUUGUUGAUUAAGAAUCUUGCCAUUGUCCAGAAAUGCCAGGUUCGGGAAAACAUCGAGUCCUUCCUCCGAUAUCGUCAGAAACAGACAGGCAGUUUCUUCAAAGAUUAGAUGGAUUUAUCGCUACAGAGUUGACGAGACUUGGGUGCCCCAAUCAAGGACCGGAUGAACAGAGAUAUACGGUGUAUAAAGAUGCAUUUGAUCAGAUUAUAGAGCAUGUGUCUGCGUACAAACCCUUAUUAACCUCUGUCAAAGCAGAAUAUGAAGACUGUAUUGAAGCUAUCAAGAGAGGUCAAAAGGAAGCUUUUUACUUAUCAGGAAAAGUGAAAACCAUGGCAUCAGAACAAACCACUCUGUCAAAUUAUCGCAAGCGAGGAGAUGAGCUCGAAGACAAGAUACGAGUAGUGAAGGAAGACACUGCUCGCAUUACAUCUGAGUUAGAAUACAUCAAAGAACUGAGAAGACAAAGAAACCAGAAAGAUGAUGAUGACCUAAAAGAUGUACCAAAGAAAAAAGUCAUCAAAAGAGAAAACAAACAGUUACCAGGUCUAACCAUAGAGGAAUCUACUGACAUUGCUGUACUUAAUAGGCAUCUGCUUUACUUAGAACAACAAGUUAAAGAUUUGAUACUUAACAAGAAAACAAAAUUUGCAUCCAAGGAAAAAAAGCAUGAUAUAAAGGAACAACUUAAUGGUAAAAUGUUUACACGAGAUGAAGUCACUGAGAAAAAUGAGAAACUCAAGAAAAGAAAUGUGCGAUUGAAGGUGGCAGUAGAUGCAGUUCACACAUACAAUAAAGAGAAGCCAUCAAAUCAAAGCUUGGUAGAUUGUGUAGAUGUUGCUUUUACAAGACCCACAUCCAAAAUGAGCUCCUUCAGUCAUGAAACAUACUCUACUUUUGAGGAUGAUGAUCCGUCUAAAGAAAAAGAAGCUGAAGCCAUGUUGGACUACAUUGAGGGUUUUAAUGAACUUUUUGAGGAGGAAAAGUACACAGAAGCUGCUUUACAUGCAGCUAACAGUCCUAAAGGCAUUCUCAGAAAUCCUGGCACUCUGACAAGGUUUAAAGGAUUACCUGUUGUUCCUGGCCAUCCAUCACCGCUGUUGAUUUACUGUGAAGCUUUGAUGGCCACAGUCACUAGUGCUGAUAUGAAACCCAGUGCUGAGAUAUCAUGGGAAUGUGUGGAAUGUGCAUUGUUAGAAGAUAGACUAGAUUUAGUCAUGCACUGGAUUGCACAAGACAGGUUGACAUACUGCUUAGAACUGGGUCAUCUACUUAGUGACUACAGCAAAGACAAAGAUCCUACAACUACUAACCAGUGUUUAGCCAUGGCACAGACUGUGUAUAGUAGACUAGAAGAACACAGACUGGUAGCAUUAUGUAUGCUACGACAAAGACGUAUACAUGCAUUGAUUGAAUACACACAAAAGAAGGCAAAGUUUAUGUCUGAUGAUUAUCUUGGACUCUUAGAAGAAUGUCCAACUGUUGAGUUAGCUAUGUUAUUGGGGAAACCAAAUGAUGCUGGUGAAUCAAUAGCGCCUGUAGAGGAAGUUGUUGUAACUCUGAUUAGAAGUCAACAAUGUCAUGUUGGAUUGGGAUUGUUGGAGCAUGUACAUGCACAGUUUCCUUCAGGUAACAACAUUGCUAGUCUAAAAACAUUGGUCUUCAAUCCUGAUUCAUCACUGGAUACAUGGAAAGAAAUCGUCACAUGCUGUCAAGAAAAUGGUUAUCUUGAUAUUGGUAUUGAACUACUUGCAGCGGUUACUGUUAGAGGAGCAGUUACUAAGGCCAUGGAAACGACCCUGGGUCUUGAUGACGACUUUGAAAACUGUUCAUACAUAAAUUAACUGCAGACAAGUGAACCAAUCAAUUUCCAACUGUGUUAGCAUGGUGCAUUUUUAGAUGAUAACUGAUUCUGAUAUAUCCUAUUUAUUCUCUGUGUUUGCCGACUGUUCAUUGUAUACCCAUACCUGUACACUACUACAUCUAUUUGACCACACUAAUUAACCCUUGUGUUUCAUGCAAUAUGAUUACAUUUUGCUACAGAUCUAUGUUGCUGUAAGUUAUUGUUUUUUUUUGCUAUGAAACAUCUUUGUGUGGUGUAAAUAUAAUUAACAUCAAUUACUGAUGCCGAGUUUUAUAUGUACCGGCAGUCAAAUUUAAUCCAGUUUUGACUCUAGGUGGCCCUGUGCCUGUAUGUCUAUUGUGGGCAAGAAUAUAUUCACUUUUAUCUUAUUUACCAUAGAUUUGUAUAUAUUCUUUUCAAUUUUACCCACUGAAUGUUAGAAUGGAACUUGUUUGUAUAUUUUUGCCACUGUACAAAUUAUGGUAUAUUUUGUGAGUGUAAUAAACCAUAUCAACCUAUCGUCUA